GCUCCUACCGAAGUGUGAGCGCGCCUGCGAGCUCGUUGCGCGGAUGAUGAGAGCGUGAUCUCACUGCAUUCUGCACAGCUGCGCGAGGGAGUGACAGAAGAGCUACUAGCGCUGGGGGCUCCGGUUGGGUGAGUCCGCAGCUCUUGUUAAUGUAGCCGCUGCCAGUAUGUUUCCUCCGUACGUAACAUAUUAAAGUAGAAUUAGACCCCCAGUUACCUAUAUCAACCCUUAACGUUAUUCGUUGAAGAUGGACGAGUCGUCUCUGUUGGAUUUACUAGAAUGCUCGGUGUGUCUGGAGCUUGACACUACCGCCAAGGUGCUGCCCUGCCAACAUACGUUCUGCCGUCGCUGCCUCGAGAACAUCGUGAGCUCCAGGAACGAGCUGCGGUGUCCCGAGUGUCGUAUCCUAGUUGACUGUGGAGUGGACGACCUCCCUGCCAAUCUGCUGGUUCGGCUGCUGGACGGGAUCAAACAGCGGCCACGGAACGGCAGGCAGUCCUACCCGUGGGGCUCUGGCUACGCAGCCGGGAUCUCCGCUUCUUCUCCGGGCAGCGGAAUAAGAGACCUGCCCAUUGCCACCAGAAACUCGCCAGUGAAGAAUGUUCCAGCUCUGCCGUGUGGCAAGGCUCUCUACUCCUACGAGGGGAAGGAACCUGGCGACCUGCAGUUCACCAAAGGUGACAUCAUCAUCCUGCGACGCAAAGUGGACGACAACUGGUACCAUGGCGAGCUGAACGGUAACCAUGGUUUCCUGCCGGCUAGUUACAUCCAGCUUCUGAGGCCUCUGAGCCAGACUCCGCCCCAGGGCAAAGCGCUUUACGACUUUGAGGUCAAAGACAAGGACCAGGACAAGGACUGUCUGGCAUUCAGCAAGGAUGAGAUCCUAACCGUCAUCAGGCGAGUGGACGACAACUCAGAAGGCAUGCUGGGAGAUAAGAUUGAUUUUCCCAUUCUCUACGUGGAGCUGAACGAGACCGCCAAACAGCUGAUGGAGAUCGACAAGCCCGCCCCCGCGCCCGUCCCCGGGCCCAGCUCCGACCCCUCCCCCGGGCCCCCGUUGGGGCCCUGCUCCCCUGGCCCCUCCCCCAGCCCCUCCCCUUCCCCGGGAGGGGGCCCCUCGCCCCACAGGCGGGGCGAGGGGAAGAAGAACGCCAAGAAGCGCCACUCGUUCACGGCCCUGAGCGUGACCCAGAGGACGGCCCAGCUGAACAACAGGCACAGCAUGGAGAUCUCCCACCCUGUCCUCAUCAGCUCCUCUGACCCCAGGGCUGCUGCACGCAUACAGGACUCCUCCCCUUCUGGCCCCUCCCCCUCCUCUGUGGGGGUUCUGGUUCCUCCCAGGGUGGCGUCAGUCACGUCUGAACUCCUGGCCCACGCCAAGGUCCAGCUGCCUCUCAACAUAUACCUGGCCCUGUACGCCUACAAGCCCCAGAAGGCCGAUGAGCUCGAGCUGAGGAAGGGUGAAAUGUACCGCGUCACAGAGAAGUGUCAGGACGGCUGGUUCAAAGGCACCUCGCUGAGGACCGCAGCUUCCGGAGUGUUCCCUGGGAACUACGUCACGCCUGUGUCCAGGGCUCCGUUUGUGGUGACAGGUUCGCGAGGUCCCUGUCUUUCGGGGCAGGUGGGAGGGGGUCAGGGGGGUAAAGGGGCCGUGCCCCCCUCCUCCCCGGGCUCCCCGGGCCCCUCCUCUCGCCCUUCCCCUCCCCACUCCAGCAACCCUUCCUCCCCGCAGUCGGCCGCAGCCCAGCUGAAGAACUGCCUGCGUUCUGGGCAGCAGACUGUGAACCAGGCCCGCUCCGCCAUGCAGCUGGUCCACAGCCCCCCUGCCGGCAGCCCAGAGCGGCCCACAGCAGCCAUCUCCCCUAUUCGACCCCAGAGCUCGUCCCCUUCGCGCUCCCAAGGCCAAUCGGGUCGCCCGCUCUCCAUGGUGUCCCCUGGAUCCUCCCUCCAGCCCUCCCCUCUCUCCUCCCCUGCCGGGCGCCCCCUCCAUCCCCUCUCUUCCCCCCUCUCCUGCCUCACCCCUCCCAACACCUCCGCCGCUCUCCUCAACGGGGAUUCCUCGUGUCCUGGCCCCUCCCACAGCAACGCCCAGGGGGCUGUUCCCCCGAAAGCAGAGAAGAAAGAGAAGAAGGCGGGAGGACUCCUGAAGCUUCUCUCCGGGGCGGCCGCCAAGAAGAAGAGUCGUUCUCCCCCCUCCUCUCCUCCCACCCACGACCCUCGGCCCCCGUCACUCGCCACGGGCGCCACGGCGACCGACGCGCAUCCCUCCUCCAGCCACGGCCGUGCCGGCACCUGCUCGAUGGAGGCCCACGGGCGGGCGGGCUCCUGUCCAAUCGAGAGUGAGAUGGCGGGGGCCAUGGGCCUGGAACCACUGCACAGGAAGUCUGGAUCGCUGGAUCUUAACUUCCCCCUGUCCCCGCCGACAACCCGCUCUGGAAACGCACUCCUAGCUCUACGACCGGAACCUAAGCCCCUCUCCAGAGAGAGGUACCGUGUGGUG